AUGCUCGCCGUUGCUGCCGGUCACAUGGCUAGAGGGAAACCACGGCACACUCUUCCCGCUGUAAAGUAUUACUCAACUGCACUUCGAGAAUUAAACCUUGCACUGUCCGAACCUGCACAGCGGUCCUCAAAUUCCACGCUGGGCGCGUGCCUUUUGUUAUGUGUUUACGAGAUAUCCCAUUCAGACAAAAGCCUUUGGUUGCAGCAUCUUCGAGGAGCCCGGGACCUGAUUCUGUAUCGAGGUGGUCCACGAACAUCCGACUUCCUUUGCCGAUUCUUCUCGUUACUGGAUAUAUCUGGAUCCUUGUCAUCUGGUAGAGGUCCCUUGAUACAAGGCAAUUACUGGCUUGAAGUUGACAAGCCGAGCGCCGAUUCUUCCUUGAAUCAGAACGAUUUGAAAUGGCCGUAUUAUGACGAUGAGUCAGUCAUGGUAAACACCUUCCACGAAUUAAUGGUCUUCAUGGCGAGCCUAUCAAAGCUCUCUGCUCAAUCAAUGACCAAAUUCGGUCGACAAAAUCCGCAUCUCAUCUACGAGAAAGCGAUGUCCAUCCAACAAGGUUUGCAUGAUUGGUGGAGGUCACGGCCCCCGGAAUUGCGAGACCAAGAUAACGACUGGCGAUGUCUUCCCCGGGCACAACCACUAGCCGAGCCGGAGGUGCUGGAGCAAGAGUCAUUCUCGAGUAUUCGAUCCUGCAAGGACGCAUGUAUCAUCUACCUCCAACACAUCAUCAACCCGACCGGCAUACAACCUCCAGGGUCAGAAGUUUCUCUCGCAGCUGAAGGUAUUCUGGACAUUGCUAGUAAGACUCCAGAAGGCUAUGGUCUGGAAAUGGGUCUCCUCUGGGGCAUGUUCAUGGUUGGAGUUGCCAUUUUCAAUGAUACCGAAGCAGAGGCUCUAAUCCGUCGAAAGUUGAGGUCAGAUGCAAGUAUCAGUAUCUAUCAUGCGGAUCGAGGUCUGGAGUUAUUGGAAAUUCUCUGGGAAAGGCAACACCGACUCAACUUGAAACUGGAUUGGAGAGAGCUUCAGAAUGAAAUGGGCGUCCAGGUGACAUAUCGACUCGUCUGUCUCAUAUUGAGCAACUUCUUCGAGACUCAGGAACACGGGUCGAUCCAUCCUCUGUUCAAAGCACAGUCGGACUACAAGGCUGAACCGGAUGAAUCCGUCACAUUUGCUGGACUACUCCCUUUGCCCAUCAUUCUCGAGACAAUAGAUGUCUAUUUCACCUACUGCCACAACCAACCAUAUUCUUUCUUUCACGAGGAGAGCUUUCGUUCCAAGCUUUCUCAAGGGAAGAUCCCUGAUCACUUACUCUUCGCCAUCCUCGCAUCGGCUGUUCGGUUCUCGAAAAAUUCCUUCUUCAAAGACAUCUUCGAGACGGCGCUCUUCUACUCCAAUAAAUCGUGGCGAUCUAUCGUAUCAACCUGCUUUUCCGCCAAUAAGGUUGCCGAUCUCGCGACCGUACAGACCGUUACUCUACUUUCUAUUCUUGAUUAUACAGCUGGUCGAAGUCGACAUAGCGGAGCAUGGGUGAAGAUCGGGCUAGCUGUGCGUAUUGCACAAGAUCAGAAGCUCAUGUUGGAGAGCGCAACGGACCUCCCACUUAUCGAGCAGGAAGAACGCCGGAGGACGUUCUGGUCAAUAUACCUCCUCGACCGGCUAGCGUCCUGUGGUCGUGCACGUCCGCCAGCCAUUCUGGAUGCUUCAUGCCAGUUACAGCUGCCCAGUGAUGAGGAGUCCUGGAGGGCCGGCGCCUGGAGACAAACCCUCACACUGCAGCAGCUUUCACACAGGACUCUCUCACCCACCAACGAGCAAGGUCCAUUCGGUCUUGUCGUCGCUAUGGCCUACACCCUCAGCAGGGGAGCACAAUACAUGCUACAGCAAUUCAAUAUGAGCAAUCAAGACCCGCCGUGGGACGCGACUUCAGAUUUUGCCUCAAUCCAGUCGGACUUGCUCUAUCUGGAAACCAUUUUAGAUAUCCACAAACCGCCAAAGACAAUAAUUGACCAGUAUACGCGGGGAGGGCGAAUUGAUCAACACAGUACCGGUCCCAUAAUUUUCGCACGAGCAUUAUUCCAUCUCUGCUACGGCCUCCUCCAUCACCCUUUCUUACUGCGACGACGGCUGGAAUUCUGUCCUAUUGCGGCGCCGUCCAGCUUCCUGUCUCGCAGCUUCGAGGCUGCAUGGGACCAUUCGAAAAGAAUGGCCACUCUUUUCCGCGAAGUUCGACAAGCAGGAGCCCUCGCACAGAGCUCGUUCUAUGGUUACUGCACCGUUGUCGCUGGGACCAUUGCUGCAUUGUAUCUUCAUGAUCCCUCGGAAGCAAGGAGGACGGAAGCAGCGGCUAUCCUUCAGAUGCAUCUAAGCUAUCUAGAAGACAUUGGCGGGUACUGGAAGAAUGUCUCCUCCAUGGUCGUCGCUCUUCGAAAUUUCUCCGAUGCUGCGGCGAACUUUGCCUCACUUUCAUCGCAUUCACACCUUUUGGAUCCUCUCCCACUCGAGGAUUACGAAACACUCUGGAUCCUGGUCGAUUACAGCAGCAUGUCUGAUGAAACACGUGUCGAACGAUGUCAAGCUUCAAACUCCAAUUCAUGGCUCGACACGGAUGGCAACUGGCAGGACAUCUUCACCGUGUUUGAUUCCUUUGAGGUAGGGCCACAGGCAGGCAAUAACCCGACACUUGAAAUGUCAGAUUAUCAACAGCUUUGA